AUGUCUCCUAAAUGUGCGAAGUGUUUAGGCAGUACAAAUGUUAAAGAUAAGGAUAGUGUAUUACGUUGCAGUCGUUGUGAUACUGUCGUACAUGUAAAGUGUAUUUCUACUAAUGAUAGUUUACUUGAUGCUUUGAAAAACUGCAGUGGUCUGAAAUGGUUCUGUGAUGGUUGUGUGAAGCUUCCGUUCAACUUAGAUUCACUCUCAAAAUUAGUUGAUGCUAGUAGACAAGAUAUAUUGGAUAAAAUUGAGAGUAACAAAAAUGAAAUGAUAACAAGACUUGAGAAACUGGAUGAAGUCAACACUCAGGUUUGA